CUCUCCCUCUGCCUAACUUUCUAUUGCUGUGAAGGGCUUGUGGAAGCCCUUCUAAUCCCUCAAGCUGGCAACACAAGAGUUGUCCUUGACUCCUCACUCUCUCUCACUUGCCUCCAUAUCCAAUAUGGCAAAAAAUCCUACUAUUUUUUUACCUCCCCACCAUCCCUUGUAUAUGCCCCUUUCUCUCCUGGGACAUUGCUACCACCUGGUGCAAUCCUCCUCAUUUCACAUCUAGACUAUUUCAAUAACCUGCUCUAGCACUUGGCACAUGGUAGGAGCUUAAUAAAUGCUUUAUUGACUUGACAUUGUGAAGAGUUGAGUCUGGCAUCUUCUCCCAAUAUAAAAUGGUUCCCAGGAUCCUUGAAUAAGAAAAUCCUUCUUUAGAAUUUGGCCCAGGUCACCCCUCCUUUUCUCCCAGGUACCUCCUUUCAAAAUCUUGGAGUUACCUUUGUCUUUUCGCUUACCUUACCCUCUACAUUCUAGUACAAAACAUUGAUGCUUUAGUCUCAGUGUUUCUUGGAUUUCUCCCCUUAUUUGUUUUCUCUGUUGCCUCAGUACCUCAAAGUAGUACUAUUAUAGUGCCCCAACUGGUCUCUCUGCAUCUCCCCCCAUUUCUCUCCCUUCCAAUGUCUCCCACACACCCUUACAGUUCAAUCUUGACUCCUAACUGCCUCCUGAAUAAAGUCUAGGUUCCUCAAAAUCCUCUACAAUUUAUCCCUAACCUAUCUUUCCAACCUGAUCUCAUGCUGUUCUCCUACAUAUUCUGGACUCCAUAUACCAGCCACUCUAAACCACUUUCUGUUCUCUAAACAUUUGCUGGUUGUUGUUGUUGUUAUUGUUGUUCUGAAACUGUGAUUUUAUCAGGACAAGGAUCUCCUGGGGAAGAAAUGCCCUCUCUAACAACCUACACAGGCAAUUCUUCUAUAAACAGAGCUUAAGUGAUUUGCACAGCAUCACACAACCCAUGGGUGUCAAAGGAAAGACGUAAAACCAGGUUCUCUUGAUGCCAAGGCCAGCUCUCUGUCAAGUCUACCAAUUGCUUCUUUCUGAGUUUAAAAAUGGUAAAUCCUUAUAUAAAGUUAAGCACAAACUAAAGGUUUGGAGGCCAUGGAUCCUUAAAUAUUUAUAGAAAAUUCCAAAUACAUAGCCAGAAAGAGCUCCUCCCUCACCCUACUCAGCUAUUCCAAACCAAGACUGGUUUAAGAAGGCGUGGAUGGUUUUCUAAUUUUCACUCCUUUCUUUUUUUUCCAGUGCUGAUGGGGAGUUUGCAGUGACUCACAUGACUAAGGCCCACCUAUUCUUCACAGGCACAGUGAAGUGGGCUCCCCCAGCAAUCUAUAAGAGCUCCUGUAGCAUUGAUGUGACUUUCUUCCCAUUUGAUCAGCAGAACUGCAAGAUGAAGUUUGGCUCCUGGACCUAUGACAAAGCCAAGAUUGACCUUGAGCAGAUGGAACAGAUGGUAGACCUGAAAGACUACUGGGAGAGUGGGGAAUGGGCCAUCAUCAAUGCUGUGGGCACCUACAACACUAAGAAGUAUGACUGUUGUGUUGAGAUCUACCCUGACAUCACCUAUUUCUUCAUUAUCCGGAGGUUGCCUCUCUUCUACACCAUUAACCUCAUCAUUCCUUGUCUCCUCAUUUCCUGCCUCACUGUCCUGGUGUUCUACCUGCCUUCAGACUGUGGUGAGAAGAUCACCCUCUGUAUCUCAGUCCUGUUGUCACUUACUGUCUUCUUGCUGCUCAUCACUGAGAUCAUUCCCUCCACUUCUUUGGUCAUUCCACUCAUUGGUGAGUACCUACUCUUCACCAUGAUCUUUGUCACACUCUCUAUUGUCAUCACAGUCUUUGUCCUCAAUGUCCAUCACCGGUCUCCAGAAACCCACAUCAUGCCCCAUUGGGUGAGGGUUGCCUUUCUGGGAUGUAUACCCCGAUGGCUUUGGAUGAAUCGACCCCUACCUGUCCUGGAGCUCCAUGACAGUCCCAGCCAAAAGCUCAGCAUUACUCAUCAUUGGUUGGACACCAAUGUAGAUGAGGAUUUGAAAGAGGGUGAAGAGGAAGAAGAAAACUGGGAAUUUUCUGGCCAUUCAUCACCAGUAAUAGAUACCCUCUUUUGUCACUGUGGCCAUCACCAUGAGUCUCCAUGUUCCAAGUCAAGGACUCAAUUACAAGAGACUGGAUUCCUUCUCUCCCCUAGCAUCCAAAAAGCCCUGGAAGGUGUGCACUAUAUUGCUGAUCAUCUGAGGACUGAGGAUGCUGAUUUUUCGGUGAAGGAAGACUGGAAGUAUGUUGCCAUGGUGAUUGACCGGAUAUUCCUCUGGAUGUUUAUUAUCGUCUGCUUCCUUGGAACCAUUGGUCUCUUUCUUCCGCCACUUGUAGCCGGCAUGAUCUAAAAGCACAAGUCCCUAUCCAAUGGUCACAUUUCAGAUGCCUUGUAGCUUCUCUGGAUAUCUAUAACUACAUUUGCAUUUUUACUAAGAUAUUUGGGGAUAUUAGGAGGUACUAAUUCAGCCAGUCAUUUGAGAGUUGGCGUAAUGAGGCCAUUGGCUAUUCCAUCAUGGAAUUAUUGAACUAACCCAGGCUGCAAUUUAUCUGCCAUGAAGUUGUUGAUUGUUUUAUUCAUUCAUUCAGCAAAUAUUGAGUGCCUACUGCAAGCACAGCAUUAUCCAAAGUAUCAGUGGGAAUAUGAAAAAAAAAUGUAAGAUAUAAUCCCUGAUCUCCAGGAGCUUAUGAUCUAGUUGGGGAGGAGCAAUAUACAUGAAACUGUUAAGAUACAAUACAAGGGGGACAGCUAGGUGGUGCAGUGGAUAAAGCGCUGGCCCUGGAUUCAGGAGGACCUGAGUUCAAAUCCAGCCUCAGACACUUACUAGCUGUGUGACCCUGGGCAAGUCACUUAACCCUUAUUUCCCCGCCAAAAAAAAAAAAAGGAAACAAUACAAGGUGUUGGCUGGAUUGGGGAAAUGAAUUGGGGAGACCAACUACAAGUUCUAUAGCAAUGGAAGGGGAGGGGGACUGUAAAUGUAGGCUGAUAAGGGAAAAGAUGACAAAAGUUGGACUUUGAAAGAGAAAGAUGAUUUGGGUAAGUGGAGGGAGGGAAUCCCAGAAUUGUUGGUAUGAGGGAAAACAGAAAUGAACAGAGACUAAUCAUGGGAACAAGCAUGGAUUAUAGAAACAUCAAUUUAGACCUCAAAAGUCACAUUGCCCAUCUUCGUUUUAUAUGUGAGGAAACUGAAGCCUACAGAGGUUAUAACCUGCUUGAGGUCUUGCAGACAGUAAGUUGACAAGUCAAGGCUUGAAGUCAGGGCCUCAACAUCCAACAGUCUUUUUACUGAACCACUCUGGCCAAUAAGGAGAUUCUGCUGGCUAGAGUAGAGAGUGAAUGUUGGAGAACAUUCAGAAGCACCAUUGGAAAGGUAGUUUGGAGAUUCAGAAUAGAGAGUCUUAAAUAUGAGUUUGAGAAACUUGGACUUUAUCCUGUAAACAAUGUGGAAACAUUGGAGGUGUUUGAACAAAUGAGUGAUGUGGAGAAAUCGGUGUUUUAGGAAGCUUUACCUCAUGCAAAGGCAGUAUGGUAUGGUGGAUAGAGAGCCAGCCUUGACUAGAAAGACUUGGGAUCUAGUCCUGUGCCCAUACAGGACCAAAUCAACUAACUUCUCAGUUCUCCAGUUAACUCUCUAAUACUUUAAGUUUCGGGGUAGGUAACAAUCUUCAUUUUUCACUUAGAGUCUUAGAAACUUGACCAAGGAUAUCAUUACUUAUACCUAUUGGUUCUGGAGUGCUCACUAAUUUCAUUCAUAUUUGAUUUCUCUUCUGGUUUGUGAAUAAAGGAGCUCAAAGGUAACUUAACUCAUGCUCAUUUUUGGGGGGGUGGGGCAAUGAGGGUUAAGUGACUUGCCCAUGGUCACACAGCUAGUAAAUGUCAAGUGUCUGAGGCCGGAUUUGAACUCAGGUCCUCCUGAAUCCAGAGCUGGUACUUUAUCCACUGUACCACCUAGCUGCUCCUUACCUGAUGAAUCUUUAUAAAUUAUCAUCCAAGCCCCACCAUUUUGGUAAAGCAUUUUCAUUCCUUCCCACUGAUAUUGGAUGGCAUAUGCCCCUAUUUCCUUCUCUUGG